AUGAGUCGAAAUCUCAUCACAUUGAAUGGACUUUUAACGUGCGAAUUGCUUCUACAUCGAAAUCAAGCGUUGCGCUACAACACCGUCCACCUGCAAGAAACGAAACAUCACCAUCGUAAACUGACACCCCAGGUGGCAAUCAGCGUUGGCCAGCAUCUUCAGCUCACCGUCGAACAGUUUAGCAACGGAAGAAUCGAUAAUGUAUUCGCACAGACAAAACGCUCGUUCCGUACGAGUGCGGCCCAGGGACGGGCGCUUGGCUCCAACCCCAGACAGUCGACCUCGUCCAGCGUUGAUUUCGAGUGUCCGGAAGAGUUCGGUUACUAUCCACAUCCGAGCGACUGCUCACAGUACUACGUGUGCGUGUUUGGAGGCGCACUGCUGGAAAGCUGUACCGGUGGUUUGAUGUACAGCCACGAGCUGCAGACCUGCGAUUGGCCACGCAACGUCGGAUGCGAUCUGCCCGCGCUCAGCUCACCGUCGGCACCGUCGGCCAGCCGUACGGUUACGCCACGCGUUCCGCAGGUGCUAAGCAGAGUGCGCUUUUCGUCAUCGGGUGCAUCGGCCCCAUCGGGACCGUCGGGACCGUCGGGACCGUCGGGACCAUCGGGACCUUCCGGUCCGGCUGAACCAUCCGCACCGGCACGCAUCCAACAGAUUCACAAUCUGCCACCACCACCGCCACCACCGGCCAACCCGAACCCGGUCAUUACCACACGCGGACAGCCGAAGAACUCACCCCAGGAGAACAUUGCCCAGCUUUACGCCGAAGCUCACGAAACACUUCCACCGGUAGAGGAAGAGGAAUCGGAUCGUCAGCAGCGUGUCUACCGCGGACAGCCAAGCACGGUAUCGCAAGUGCAGCGCGAUCGUGACGGUAUCCUGCAGCAACAGAGUGUCAAUGCUAUACCGACUCAGGCUAAAGUAGGUUCCUUUGCGUACAGUGCUCAACCUCAGCCGUUCAGUGUUGACAAGAACGAUGACGAGCCACUGCAAACGUUAGACGAUACAGCCCCUACUGACAGCAAAGCCCACGAUCGCAAGAAGCGAGACACUGUCGGCCAAACUAAGACUGAUACCGAAACGGACACUCCCCUUACUGCUCCGGUGACGCAGAUUGACCCAACGGCCGUCGCUAGUACCGAUGACGAAUCGAACAAAAAAACUGCCAAACGAUCCAACAUGGAUGAAGCUUCGGUGCAAGAACUGCUUGCGCCGGAGAAUUCUCCCGACAGUGUGGCACCUUCCAGUGGUGGUGAAAGUCAGCGUGCGGCACGCCAACUUCGUCAGUUGGGAAAUUGGCAGUACCGGUCGCUGGACACAUCGCUUUCCCGCCAAAAUAAUUACUCGCCGAGCAGCUUCGAUCCGUUCGGGUACACCGUGCUACCUACUGCUUCGACGUAUUUUAAACCCGGCGCACGAUACUUCCAACCGCAAACGUACAGCAAGAAGGAACUGACCCAAACCUACAACGACUAUCUGGAAGCGUACAGCAAAAGCAAGCAACCCACGUACAAUGUCCGGCCGGUCGAGGUCCUACAACCGCAUAAACCGUCCGGAUUGCAGAACUACAAGACUAUUGCCAAGAUCACACCCCAGGACACGAUCAUUCCGCUGCUGCUAGCCAACCAGCAACAGCAGCAGCGACCACACCAAUCCAACUACGGACAGACGCAGUUCACAGCGGCCGCAUUCGUCAACAGCCACAAUAACAAAAAGUACACAACGCCCGCCUCACCUCUCGACGGUGAUGAGGAAACGAUACCGGACAACUUUGCGUUCUUCCACUUCGGCAACACCUACUCCUCGACGCCGAUUUCCGUCAACAAUCACGCGAAAACGCCAAAGCAAUCGAAACCAGCCAACGUGCAGCUGUCGAACGUGGCCCAACCGACCCAAAAGACGCCCUACAUAGCCUUCAGCUCGGUCGGGGGAUUCUUCAACAACCAACCCACGGCCAGCCCGCUGAAGGAGAGCUUCGCCGUUAAACCAAAUCACUCGAAACCGAAGCAGGUUCACGUUGUGUCUGCUGGUCCCAGUACUCCGGCCCCUGUGUACGAGGGCAUCUCAAAUGCGAUUCAAUCGAGCGGACUUCGAUUCUCCGUUACCACACCAAAGAUCGUGCCGGGAACCGGCCUGGAGCUGUACCAACCCAACGUCUAUCUUAACGCUCCCCGACCACAGGUCUACAGCGGGUACGGGGGUAAACCUUCCGGGGCUAUUUAUGAGGCAUCGACGCCUAAACCGAGCUCGGCUCAAUUUGUUACCAAGUCGACGAACGGCUUCCAACCGAUCGCGGUGUCGACCACACCGAAAUACUAUCAGCCUCAACUAUCCAAAACAGUAAGCCCGAGUGAGUACAGCAAAUUCUACGAAUCCAUCAAGAACACUCACAUCGCACAGGUAAAGCCAAAUGCGGAACCAUCGCCCAUUCGCAUUGGAUCAGGUCAGGUAGUUUACCGGCCAGUGUCCAACAACACCAAACUUCAACCAGUGUCCCAAGGAUACGGGCCGCAACAGGUAUACUACAGUCCCGUGGGUUCGUCUCCACUCAGCCCAGUGUCUGCACAAAAACCUCAAGAAUCGGCCGAGUUCUACUACGAAGAAGAUGACGAUAUAGACCAGCGCGGUCAGAAGUAUGUGAAGAACACGCUGGACCUAAACCGCCGUCCCGUGUACGGCAAACGUCCUUAUGGGGACGAAGAAGAGGAUGAAGAUGAGUACUACGAAGACGAUGAGGACGAUGAUGAUGAGUAUCAGUAUCGGUAUCCGGUGAACAAAUCAAAGUACACCCCAAUGACGGAAACAAUGGCUCCACGGCCAAUGCAAAAUAUUACCACACCCAAGCCACCGGGCUCGGUUUCGGGUAAUCUUUACUACAACUACGAAACAACGACGUGGCGUCCCCCGACAGUGACAACUUAUUCCCCCAGCUCCACCUCGGACAUUCCGCCGAUCAUCAAGUUCCCGGAGGAUGUCUUCCAGGGUAUUAAGCCGCUAGGUGACGUACCGCGGUAUCUUAACAAAUCCACCCUGAGACCGUACACGAUACGACACCGUCUACGUCCCACGGUUGUACAGCACAACCAUCUCGAGGAGAGUGUCUCCAGUGAUCGAGGCCGCAUUACGACCACGACCACCACCGCUAGACCGCCAGUGACGACGACUACACCCCGCUACUAUCCUACGACGGUGCGUACCCGCAUCACGACCAAGACUUCGACCCGUAGACCAGCGGUCGUUACGACGCAACCGACGGUCACUACCACUACCACCACGCCCGAACCACCGACGACCCAGACGACGUCGCGCAAACGCUACACGAUCCGACCGAAUCGUGGCCAGCAGCGCUGGCGCACAACCGAGACACCGGAACCAAGUACGACCAACGGCUUCAGACAUGCCAGUCCGACCCGACCGACCAAAAUUCGACCGCAACUGGAGCUCGAUGAACGCCUACCGAACAGAGUUGAAACAUCGUCACCAGCCCCACAGAACCGAUAUGUGCCAGAGCAACCACAGAAGACGCAGCUCACGCAGAGUAACAGAAAUUACUACAACACCAGCAACUACGAACCAUCUGCAUACGAUUCGUACUACGCCGUUUACGAUGACGACGUUGAAUUGUACCGAGAUGUUGAAUAUCAACCGCAACCCCAGAAACCUGUCGUUUCAUCCACGUACCGUCCGACAGUGGUCACCACCGUCGCUCCCACUUCUCAGCGAGAUCCAUACGUCACUUCGCCACGGACUACCUACCAGAGACCUUCCUACCAGGCAGACUAUGACGAUGCUCUAGUGGCUCAGCUUGAAGAAGAUCGUUACAAUCAGAAGCAAACCAAUACACAGAUAAGAAAUGAGUUGAACUCAAUCUCGGACCGUCCGAUACUGGUAUCGUCCACGAUCCGUGCGUACAACAGCCCCAAGUAUCAGACGGCCUUCGUUACGACGCCCGAGCCCUUCUCGCUGCCGUCGUCAACCACAGCCAGAACCACUACAACCACCACCACCACUACCACCACCACCACACCUGCUCCAAUACAGUACUAUACGACAAGAUCAUCACAAUUGGACGAUCAAAGUAUUAAAACAACACCCAAAUCAAUCAUAUUAACACUCGCAGCACGCGCGGGUUCCUCAUCGACCCCUGAGCCUUCCCCCUCUCCCUUCCUUGUGUCCUUUGCGCCGUCUCCACAGUCUCCCUAUGAGCCACGGUACCGCAGUAGCACUAGCUCGGUUCCACGAUACAUCAAACCAUCAUCAACUACCACAACCACUACCACCGCCAUACCCAGUACAACCACCACACUACCUCGCACGACCACUACCACCCCCACCACAGCCGACCAAUAUCCACGGUUCCGUCCGUCCGCUCAGUACGACCAGCAGGUCCCUUCCGGGAUUAGCUUCCAUCCGAUCCCGGAUGAUCACUACUAUGACGACGAUAGUGACGCCCGUGAGGAUAGUGCCGACCAGGUGGAUGACGAGUACUCGACACUGUCCAAAACUCGGUACGAUUAUGGGUCACCGUCUCGUGCCGCCGCGGAUUCGACCAACGAUCAUUCCAAGAAGCAGUUUAUUACCCAAAAGCUUCUGCCGGUGUUCUCGCAUACGUACACGCAGUCCGAUCCUCGUUCGGCGUCAUCUGCAAACGCACAUGCAAUGACGUCCGAUGUUUACGAUGAGACUCCCUUUUCGUACGACACACGGCCGGAGUUUUCGCCUUCCGGUGCCGCUGAACAAUUUGUCCCACUGACAAGCACAUUGCCACCAACAACCACUACGUCAACUACCACUAGAAAGCCAACGACAACUCCUAUCACUACCACAACUACCACUAGGAGGCCUACAACAACUUCUACCACUACCACAACUACCACUAGAAAACCUACGACAACCCCUACCACUACGACAACUACCACUCAAAGGUCUACCACAACCCCUGUUACUACCACAGUGUCCCCAAUAACCCGUUUGCCCUCUACCGCUCAAGAAUCCCAGCGCCAAAAAUUGCAAAAGUUUAUCAUCUCAGAAAUCCAACCGGCUAGCUUCCGGACGCCUUUUAGUACUACGGCAAAAGCACAACCGCUGCCCGAUUACGAUAGCUAUCUGUAUCAGGAAGCAAUUCCGAGCAGUGUACGAUCGCGCAAUCAGCACACAUACCUGAAAGCCAUUGCUACGACGCUUUCGGCGACGCAAGCUUCCACGAUCGCAACAACCACUCCGGAAGCGCCUAUCAGCCGAUCGUUCCCAUCCAGGUCUACUCCUGUUGCCACUCAAGCUCCCGUAGUCCCCACACGUCCGGAACCGUUUGGUUUCAACAAAUCCGUUCGAUUGACACUCACUUCUCAAGACUGGAAUGACCAACGCCCUCUUUCGAUGUUUAGUUCCAGUACCGGGGUGCCGAAGGUUGACACGCGUUCGGAACAAAAGUUUAGCAGCAACAGGUUUUAUAACCUUACGCUAAGCUCCGGGUUUGUUGGUUUGCCGGGAACUGCACCAAGUUCUGGCUACCGUGAGCGCAUUGAAGUUCCAAGAAACCAGGAACCCUUGCCUAACUAUACAUCCUUUACACUGUCGGAUGCUGUUACUAGCAGUUCACGUGGAGUACCCACUACCACUUCGGAAAAGUUGUCCGAAACAACUACUCCAUUCACUACGAUUACGAUACCUAGUACUACUACCACAACUCCUACCGUAAGCCCCAUUUCAUUGGCCACCGGGAGUGGCCCUAGUAAUGUACGUUUUGUUUUAAGUUCUAGCUUAGGCACUACUGUCCGACCUCGUUACUCGAAGUUCCAGGACGAGAAUGUUGCUCUUUAUAAGAGCCGUGAUGUACAGACCACGACGACAACGAUAAAUCGGCUCGCAGCACGGCCAAGCGUUGUUCCAACCGCUUCAAGCGACUGGGUCCCAUUGAUAGAGGAGAAAAUCCUGUCGAGUCCCAAGACCAACACAUUGCUCGAACAGGAAGAACACGAACGUGACGCGGAUGAUCCACUGCUCCAAACGCGAGUACAAACAAAUACGGAGGAUUCUUUCGAUACGGUUACCACCCCUUCAACACCUCCGACUCGGUUCCCGCCGAGAACUACUCUGGCGCCAUUUGGCAGUCUAGAGGGUAGAAAAUCUAUUGAAAAAGUACAAACUCUUCCAUCGCGGAGUCCUGUCCUCAAAGAUAGCACAACUAGCAAAACACUGGACCCAGUUCCUAAUCCGCCGACGCGGUUGGUAGUAUCACCGUACAAAAGUUUGGAGGUUCAGCGUCAAACCACGUCCUCCGAUAAACCGUUUGCAUCUACUUCGAGAGUUAUCUCGAACCUGUAUCGUACGACCACACCCGAAAUUCCGGCUGUCGGUGGUCCAACGGUAAAGAGCUACUUCCAAUACACAGCUGUGCCGAAGUUGGCUGCUAUAUUGCGCGAAACUACCACACCUAGUACGACCACGGUUCGAUUAACCACUACUACUACUACUACUACUACGACGACUGUUGCUCCUCCAAGCACGACCGUGACUAGUACGAGUGAGGAGCCUACUACCGUUCGUAGUACUAGUGCACCUACGUCGACGACGGUCCCAUCAACUUCUGUCAGCAGUAGCUCUGAGGAGCUGACCACUACCACCAGCUCUUUGCCCAGAUCGACCGAGGUGUAUCGGGGUCGGUAUCGUCCCGUGUUCAGCUUUGUACGUUCUUCGGAAUCGUACGAUGAGACAACUACCCCACGGUAUCGCUAUCUCCGUAACCGUGGCCGAGGGUCUCCCCGACGUUCCUACACAAGGUUGCGGCCAACGUCUCAAAGCUAUACUCUAGCAUCGAGCACGAUAGAUGGCGCGCUUAGUAUACAGAACACAUCCCCUGCUAGUAGUAGCUUAGUUCCGACAAGAGAGUACAGUGGAACGUCCGAUAGUACAGUGUUAUCGAUUGCUACCGAGUAUGACGAUCGUGUAGGUAGUUCGAGCUCAUCCUCCUCAGCCUAUCUAAACCGAAUUCCGACGACCGAUCGUACGAAAUACCAAUCGACCGAUCGCGAAAUCUCUAAAAUCGCACAUGUAAAGAGUCGUUACGAGCAGCUCGAUUUCAAUCGUACCGCAAAGGAAGAUAAGCCACAACAGUCAGUUACUACCGGGCAACCGAUUCGCGUUGUCCAAAUCACGGACAAACCGGUAUACUAUACGCGCUUCCAUUCGACAUCCACUGAAGAUAGUUCUUUUGCUGUCGCCAACAGCAGUCGUGAGCCGGAAUCGACAACGAAAAAAUUCCGUGCCACGGUCGAGAUGCCGGAAAUGAACAUUCCGACCGAGAAGGAGCUACUAUCCUACAAUCAGGACAGUGGCAACACAUCGGAAGACGAGGAUCGGGACGACGAUGACGAUGAGGACGACGUUGAAGAAGACGAUGUUGAGCCCGUGGACGAAGAUCUGGCCGAUUAUUCGUAUCUGGAAACAUCCAGCAUACCGUCGAGUACGACGACUAGCUCUAGCACAACGCCACCGACGACGACGACGACCACUACCACGACCACCACCUUCAGGCCGAUGGCACGUGCCUCCAAACGAUACACGACGCCACAUUAUGCCGCCAUUGCGGCAGUCACUACCGAGCGUAGUUUCCAUUCGGCCGUGCCAUCGCGCUUCUACCCUAGUACAACGCAAGGAUUGAACCUUACGGCUGGUGCUGCUGAGGAUCUCGGUAAGAGCUACAUUUUGAACAGUAGCUCUGUCCUGUUCCCCCAAUCUGCCACCUCAACUCCUUCCAUUCCCCCCACAACCAAUACUACCACAACCCUCACAACCACCACCACCACAAUCCGCCCGCCAACGACGUACUCCGUAAACAAGCUCCCACCGCGCGCUUCCAGGGUCAAUAAUGCCAUAAAGACCACGAUCGCAGCCGCACAACUGCCACGCCGAUAUAGCAAACCAUCCGCAGCGGGAAAAAGUAUACAAUGUACAGAAAACUCACUGUCCGCCAAAUGCAACGAGAUUCCCUCGAGAGUUAGCAACAGUAAUAGUAACAACAACCGCAACCGUGGCAGUUCGCAUUAUGCGACCGAUGGGCAGUCGACCGUUUCGGCCAACCGAGGAACGCACCCACCACGUGCACGACCAACAUUGAAGCCGUCGCAGAACAUCGUUUCAAAGGCGCAGGAGUUUGUCGAUAUUUAUCGUCAUCCGCCCACUCGUCCAGAGCCGCUAUACCCGCAACCAACGCCGGACAAGACAGCUGCCAAAUGCCGUAAGGAUGUGUGUCUGCUGCCCGAUUGUUACUGCGGUGGAAAGGACGUACCUGGGGAACUGCCGGUGGAGCAAGUGCCCCAGAUCGUACUGCUCACGUUCGACGAUUCGGUGAACGAUCUGAACAAGCAGCUCUACCAGGAUCUGUUCGAGCGGGGACGUGUUAACCCGAACGGUUGCCCUAUCACGGCGACGUUCUACGUAUCGCACGAAUGGACCGAUUACAGCCAGGUGCAGAACCUGUACGCCGACGGACACGAGAUGGCAUCGCACACAGUUUCGCAUAGCUUCGGUGAAUCGUUCUCGCCCAAGAAGUGGGCCCGUGAGGUGGCCGGCCAGCGUGAAAUUCUCUCCGCGUACGGUGGCGUCAAGCUGGAGGAUGUGCGCGGUAUGCGUGCACCGUUCCUGUCGAUCGGUGGCAACAAAAUGUUCAAGAUGCUGCACGACUUUAACUUCACGUACGAUUCGUCGAUGCCGGUGUACGAAAACCGUCCGCCGAGCUGGCCGUACACGCUGGACUACAAGAUCUUCCACGAUUGUAUGAUUCCGCCCUGUCCAACCAAGAGCUAUCCAGGUGUUUGGGAGGUUCCUAUGGUGAUGUGGCAGGAUUUGAACGGUGGUCGCUGCUCGAUGGGUGACGCUUGCUCCAAUCCGCCAGAAGCCGAGGGUGUGUACAAGAUGAUCAUGAAGAACUUCGAACGUCACUACACGACCAACCGGGCACCGUUCGGGUUGUACUACCAUGCCGCCUGGUUCACGCAGCCGCACCACAAGGAAGGAUUCAUACAAUUCCUGGACGCGAUCAACUCGAUGAAGGAUGUGUUCAUCAUCACGAACUGGCAGGCGCUGCAGUGGGUACGCGACCCAACUCCGCUCAACCGCAUCAACUCCUUCACGCCCUUCCAGUGCAACUAUGGGGAUCGUCCGAAGCGUUGCAACAACCCGAAGGUAUGCAACCUGUGGCACAAAUCUGGCGUCCGGUACAUGCGAACCUGCCAACCCUGCCCGGACAUAUACCCGUGGACCGGUAAAACUGGCAUCCGUUCGUCGCGCAUCGACAACGACAUCGAGGUAGCCGACACCAACUAA